AUGAAUAAUAAUGAUUUAAAAAGAAACAGAGAUCAAUUCGAAAGUGACAAUAAUAAUAAUAAUAAUAAUAAUAAUAAUAAUAAUAAUAAUAAUAAUAAUAAUAACAAUAACAAAGUUUUCAAAAAAGAUAGUUUAAAUGAUAAUAAUAAUAAUAAUAAUAUAAAUAACAAUGAAGUUUAUUUUUGGAAAGUUAUUAAAAAUAAAUUCCUUUUUUAUAAAAUUCUAUCCCAUCUAAAAACCAAAUUUCGUUAUAGGGUUUAUAAUUAUAAAGAGAUAAUAUCAGUAAGAUGGAUGUUGGAUUAUGGUCAUUUGGGUUUGUUGAAAUUAAAGGUAGAAAGAGGUGAAUAUUUGGUUUUUAGCAAGUGUUUAAAGAAUAAAGAUAAAGAACUUUCAAAUUCAGAUAUCUUUAACCAAAUCCCAAAUAUAAAUGGUUUCAAUGAAUACACCCAAAGAUCAACGAAAUCGAUAUUUCAUUAUUUUAAAAGUUCAAAUGAUGAGGUUUUUUUUUCAAAUUUGUUCAAAAAUUAUAAAUAUUUCUUUACCUGUUCAAUUGAAAAUACACUUCAACUAAUAAUAGAAUGUGAUAAUGUUACCGGUUUCAAAGUACUAAUACCAUAUUUCAACGGAGUUUCAUUCAAAGAUAUACUACAUAAAGCAUUAAAAAUUGGUUCCAUCGAAAUUGCAAGCUUUCUUUAUGACAAUAUCACCCUAACACCUACCGAAAAGAAAUCUCUUGUAAAGAAAUUAAUCAUUAAAAAUAAAAUAGAGAUUAUGAAUAAACUUUUAAAUUUUUUUUUAAAUAAAAUGAAUUUAAAGAUUAAAAUUCAAAAAUUCAAUAUAAAUAAUAUUAGUAAUAAUAAUAUAGACAAUAUUAGUAAUGAUAAUAGUGGUAGUAAUACAGAUCAUAUAGAACUAUCUUUAAAUAGUUUAUCAUUUUAUUGUACAUUAAUUUUCCAAGAGCCAUUAAAGAUUUUAUUAGAAUCAUGUAAAAUAAUAUCAUUGUUAAUGGAGUGCGGCAAAGAUCCAUCCAAUUCAUCUACCACAUUCAAUAUGAUGCCAAUCAACGAAUUAAAUUCAUUCAUAUUUACAAGUAAAGAAUUAAAUACAUUGGUGCAAGAGUUUCCUACUGAAAAUGAACACGUCAAAAAAAUGUUUAAAAUGUUUAUUCCUUUUACAAAUUCCUAUAGUUGGUUUGAACAUCCAAGCUUUAAACAAGAUUAUCGAACUCUAAAUUCAAAUUUUUAUGAAAUUAAAUAUGAAAAAAGGUAUCAUGGUGUUCAAUAUGACCGAGAUAUAUCAAAGCUAUUCAAUCCAAUAUUAUACGGCGAUUUUGAAAUGUUUUUAGAACUAUUCAAUGGGGCUAGUUAUUUAUUAGAUACAGUGUUUUCAAAUAAGAUUUUUGCAUAUUGCAUGAAUAGUAAAGAAAAGAAGAAAGAAUUCAUCAACAAGCUUUUUAUACAUUUAAAACAACUCGAAAGUAGUGAAAGCGAAACCAAGGAAAGAUAUAUAGAUUUUUUAAAAAAGAUUGUGGAGUCUCUAACUAAAGAAAAUGAUAUAGAUACACUUGUAUUGUUUUAUGAAAAAUUCAAAUUCGAUUUACUACUAUUUCCAUUCGAACAAAUAAAAACACCAGAAAUAUUUAAUUUUUUUUAUAAAUUAAAUAAAGAAUCUCUUAAUAACAACAAUAAUAACCAUAAUAAUAACAAUGACAGUAGUUAUGGUAAUGGUGGUAAUAAUGUAAAAAAAGAUAACAAAAAAAAAAAAGGAACUCAAAUCAUAAAUAGUUCUCAACAACAUAAAGAAACAGAAGAAAAGAAAAAAAAUUUUUUAUCAAUGGUUAUAAAUCAAUUAUUUUUAUUUGGGAAAAUAAAGCUGGUAGAGUAUUUUAAAGAAAAUUAUAAUCAAGACUAUAUGGAAUCUUUAAAUCUAUUUAGACCAUUAGAAGGUAGUCAUCAGUACUUUGAAGAGUUUAAAUUUAUCAAUGAAAAUAAAAGAGAUUUCCCAAGCGAAGUAAUAGAAAAAAUAGGAUACCAACCUCCGCCAUUUGGUCAACUAGAUCAUCCAGAUUUUAAAUAUGCAAUAAAGAGUCUAAAACAAGAAACAAACUAUACAAUUAGUUCGGCACAAGAUAAGAUUUUGGCAUUGGACUGGGUACAAAGAAAAAGAAAAAAAGAUAUUGCUUCUGGAAGGUGUAUACUGGAAUAUUACGAGUUACAGGCAUUGGUUUAUUAUUAUAGAUAUCAAUUUGAAGAAAUGGUGUUAAAUAACCCUAUAUUCCAAAGAAACCAUCCAUUCAGUACUGUUUUUUAUGAUCCCUCGAUUCAAACUACGUUACCAAUAUUUCAUAAUAUAGGAUUGGUAGUAAACGAAAUUGUUAAAAGAUCCGAUAUUGAAUCCCUUGAACUCAUACUAUCAACCUAUUUCACCACAGAGGAAUCUAGCAUAUCAGAAAAAGGGAUUAUAUAUUUCAUUUUAAUCAAAGCUUCGUUUUAUGGUCAAAUUCAAAUAUUCAAAUACUUUAAUGAAAAUUAUAAUUUUUUAUUAAAUACAGACGAAAAAACAUCAGGUACAGAUAAUUUAAAUAACAGAUUAAACAGGUUAACAAAAAGAAAUGUAAAAGAAAUGAUUGAGAUUGCCAUAGACAAUAUUCAUAUAGAUCUGUUAAUAUACUUUUAUUAUGAAAUCAAAAGUUUUAAAGCUCCACUUUUAGAAACCUUAAUAUAUAUCGAGGAUAAAUAUAAUAUAAUCAUCCCAACACUUAAAAAAAAUUUUAAAGUCUAA